AGCAGCAGCAGCAGCAGCAGCAGCGGGAACAGCACAGAUGGACAUGGCACAACUCAAGGUUGCUUGCGGCCAUCAUCUGAAGCAACACGAUCACAUCUUUGAUGCGUUGCAGAAAAACAUCUCGCGAGAGAACAAUGUCGCAGAACAACACUUGAUUGAUAUGCUAUGCGAUGCUGGAUUCAUGCGUGACGAUCGAUGGGGCUACAGAGAACUAGAACCGAUGCGCACCUGCGUUGUCAGCAUGGCGCUGGUGCUAUUGAAGACGACCGGGCCUAACAAUCACAUGGCAACUGCCCAGAAGCUUUUACUCUUUUGGAGAAAACCCGCGAGAAAGUGCUGGUGGGAUGGCACUACAAGUGAAGUGCAAGAACAAAAGGUUCGAUUGUGGGCACGACGCACUUGGACUCUAGAGCUGGCACUGGUAUAGUUUGCAUCAUCGUAUAGCACACAGAAUGCCUUUGUUUCUUUUAUUAUUAUUGCUUCUUCUUCUUCUUCUUCUUCCACUUCUUUGGAUACCCUUCACCCAUUCUCCACAUGACUCCCCUCAAACCCUCCCCUGCUCUUUUCUGUCUCCCUUACACUUCUCGUUUCGGUCAACUUGCAAUUUAUGCUUCACUUACGGAUAGAUCAUCGCACGCACACGCACAAUUCACAUUUUGCACUUAUAUCCACUCUUACGCUCUACUACUUCUCCUUCUGCUUCUUUCUUCUUUUCUUCGUGGCCUAUUACACAAUACCAUGCUUGUUGUUUUAGCGUUUUCUUCACUUAAUACUCUCCUGCGUUUUGGAAAAAUAUCAUAUAUAAAACUCAGCCAGCAAUGAUCCGGCAAAAAUGUUUUCUU